AUGCUUUAUUAAGAUUCUAGAAGAGUGAUUUAUCAAAAUUAUUAAGACCAAUUAAAAAUGAAUAGACCAAAAUCCUUUUCAAAUAAUGCAAUAUCAUUUAAUAUGCAAAACUAAUAACAGAAAUUUAAAACAGAUAUUGCUGUCAAUUAUCAAACAUCAAUUAGUGAGCUUAGGCCAGUUAGUUAGAAUUAAAGAAAUAAUUCUCUCAAUUAAGAAAGAGAAAAUAAUCCAAAAAUACUUAAUCAAAAAUAACAACCCUAUGAUUAUCAAAAUUUUCAUUCAAUAAAACACCCAAAUGAAAAAUUAAAGGAAAGAUAAAAAAAUACAAUUUAAGCUAAUAAUCAAAUAGUUUAAACAAAGUCUUAAGAAAAAUAAUCAAAAAUUACUAAUAAUUCCUAAACAAGAUAAAUAAAAUAAAAUGAUAAGGAUUUGUAAGAUAUAUUUAGAUUGAAUAAAACUGAGACCAUUAAACAUAAUAAAAAUGAUAAUAAUAAAAUUAAUACAUCUGAUGUAAGAUAGAGAAUGAAGAAUUACCCUUAAAAAUCAUCAAGUCCUCAAGUAAAAACACAUACUAGACCUAGAUCAUCUAUGGAUGAUAAAAGUGUGACAAUCAUGUCAUUAUAGUUAAAGGAUAUGAAAGAAAAUAUAUAAUCUAAGGAUAUAUAAAAGAUCUGUUAUGAUAUUGGUUAUCAUAUGGUAAAAUUUGAUAGAGAUUAUGAUAAAAUAAACAAUAAAUUUAAUGGUUAAGGAUAGUUAUAAAUAAGAGGGACUAGCAAUGAUAAUAAAUUUUAGAAUUUAUAAACAAAUUUAAAUAAAAAAGGAAUAAACUUAGGGGAUUAAAAUUUAAAUCUAAAAGAUAUUAUUUCAAAUAAAUAUUUACUAAAAAAAUAGGAGCACUCUUUAAUUGAGACUUAAGCAAAUUUAAAUUAAGAUGAAAAAUUGUUUAAUAAUUUUUUAAAAUUUUAGAAAAGGUAGAGAGGAUAAUUUAUUUGA